UGCAGAAGAUCCUGCAAACAUUGUAAAAUCGUUCUAGGAAAAAUACUGUUCAUUAGUGCUUGUGGAAAAAAACAAAUAAAAAGUCAGCAACAUGAAUGGAGAUCUUUUCCAAGAAUCCAGGUACAUUGAAGAGAACACUUCCCAGAAAGACGCAAUCUCUCUGAUUUUUUCCCUUAAAGAAGAAGUUGGAGCCUUGGCUAAAGUCCUUCGCAUAUUUGAGGAAAAGGGGAUAAACUUGACUCAUAUAGAAUCCAGACCUUCCCGGCUGAAUAAAGAUGAAUAUGAAUUUUUCAUUAAUUUGGAGAGCAAGAAUAUUUCUGCCCUUCCAGAUAUCAUCAAGACCUUGAGAGAUGACAUCAGAGCAAAUGUCCAUGAACUUUCACGUGAAAAGAGGAAAGAUGCAGUUCCAUGGUUCCCAAGAUCUAUUCAAGAACUGGACAGAUUUGCAAAUCAGAUCCUCAGCUAUGGAGCAGAACUGGAUGCUGACCAUCCUGGUUUCAAAGAUCCAGUUUAUCGGGCCAGAAGAAAGGAAUUUGCAGAUAUAGCAUACAACUACAGGCAUGGGCAACCUAUACCCAGGGUGACUUACACUGAGGAAGAGAAGAAGACAUGGGGGAUAGUCUUUAGGGAGCUGAAGACUCUCUACCCUACUCAUGCUUGCUAUGAACACAAUCAUGUGUUUCCACUUCUGGAAAAAUACUGCGGCUACCAAGAGGAUAACAUCCCCCAGCUUGAAGAUGUCUCAAACUUUUUGAGAAGCUGCACUGGAUUUCGCUUACGACCUGUGGCUGGUCUUCUUUCAUCUCGAGAUUUUUUGGGUGGCUUGGCUUUUAGAGUAUUUCACUCUACGCAAUAUAUUCGCCAUUCAUCAAAACCAAUGUAUACACCUGAACCUGAUGUUUGCCAUGAACUCCUAGGACACGUCCCUCUAUUUGCUGACCCUAGUUUUGCUCAGUUUUCUCAAGAGAUUGGGUUGGCUUCUCUAGGAGCUCCAGAUGAUUAUAUUGAGAAACUUGCAACGGUUUACUGGUUCACUGUGGAAUUUGGCCUCUGUAAAGAAGGCAACGCAGUUAAGGCUUAUGGUGCUGGUCUGUUGUCAUCUUAUGGGGAACUGCAGUAUUCUCUGUCAGAUAAACCUGUCACUGAACCUCUCAUCUUGGAAAAGACUGCAGUUCAAAAAUAUCCAGUUACUGAAUUCCAGCCUGUUUACUAUGUAGCUGAAAGUUUUGAAGACGCAAAACAAAAGUUAAGAAAAUACGCCUCAACGAUUUCACGUCCGUUUUCAGUCCGUUAUAAUCCAUAUACUGAAAGAAUUGAGGUUUUGGACAAUAUCAAGCAAUUAAAGAAUUUAUCAGAUGCUAUUGGCAAUGAAAUGGAACUUCUUCGCAAUGCUCUCCAGAAGAUCAAGUGAAACUUUUUUUUUCUUUUAACCAAGACAGUUUACUCAUAAUUAACAUAUAUUGCAGAAAAGUAACAAAAUCUAAUAUAUAAUAUGUUUAUAUGUAUAUCUAUACAUAAAUCCCUCUCCAGAUUUUGAUAUGAUCAUAUAAAUCUCUACAAAAUUAAUAUAAAUAACUCUUUAGCUAGGAACUAGGCCUUUCAAACAUGAUUUCUAUAGGAUAGUGUUUAUAUUGUUACACUAAGUCCUGAUAUAAACCAAUGCAGCGUAUAUAAUUAAAAAAGGAAAAUAGUAGGAAAAUAGUAGAAAAGAUUUAAUUCAUAUUUUAUAUAAGAGCUUUGCAUUUUGGAAGUGCAUUUAAUCAAGUGCUUUUAUUCUUUCCAAUCCAAUAUAACAUUGUGAAGGUGAUCAAGACUCUAUCAGCAGGGCAACUCUCUGAAAAUGUUAUGGAAGGGGACCAAAGUUGGGGUAGGAGAAGAAUUGGCAAAAGAAAGAGUGAAAUUGAAAGGUUGCAGAAAACAUGCUUGAGCACAUUUUUUUUUUAAAAAAAAUUGCGAUGCAUCUCUGGAAAGAAUUCAGGAAGCUACAUUGUAUCCAUACCUUUUGAAGUCUUUAUUAAUUUUACUUUUACUUUCUUACAGUGCUAAUUAUCUAUGAAUCAGAUGUGAAGAUUCUGUUGAUGUUAGGUAUCAUGUACAAUUGUAUAAUAAUGUCCAACAUGUUAAAGAUAAAUAUUUUAAAUUGAUCAACAGGGAUUGAUGUAAAGUUCCAUAGGUAAUCUAUCGGGAAGGAGAUAAUGGUGACAUGCAAAAGUCCAGCAUGCUGUGCAAAUAUAUUUUUUUCUUUCAAUACUCGUGUCCUACCUACAACUCUGUCCCAUUCUACACUUUACAUUUUACACAUUCUACGGAUGUAUUUUUGCUGGUAGAACUAACUAUCAAGAG